AGCAUUUGUUUUGAUCCCGGCGUGUGUUUCGUCCGCGUGCAACUACAAAUCUCCCGUUAUGAGCUCAGUAAUUCUUCCAACAGCACACAUAAAGUCAUCCGCGGAGAACAAAGUCGAAAAUAGCAGCACCGAAGAGGAGGAGAGAGGGAAGAAAAGAAAGAUGUCUCUUUCCAGUUGUGGUGUUUGCGGAUCAGAGGAGGCCAAGUACAGGUGUCCAGCCUGCCUUACUCAUUCCUGCAGCUUGCCGUGUGUGAAGAAGCACAAGGAAGUUUCAGGAUGCAGUGGCGUUAGAAAUAAAACAGCAUUUGUGACACUGUCACAAUUUGAUGAAAUGGCACUUCUCAGUGAUUACAGGUUUCUGGAGGAUACUGGCCGAUUUGCUGAUGGUGCCACCAGAGACAACCUCGUCCAGGCUCCUCGUGUCACUGUCAAAUCUAAGAAACUGGCCUCUAAUGCCAGGAAGAUGAACAUCACCCUGAGAUUCCUCCCCAUCACCUUCUCUAAGAGCAGAGAAAACUCCACCUUCUUCCUUACAAAAGAAAAACUGUUUCUGUGGCACCUGAAGCUCAUAUUUCCUCAGAGCAGUUCAGAGUUCACUCAGAGGAGGGUGUCUGACAAACAAACCUUGAAGCAGAUCUUGACUGCUUAUAUUCACCCUACAGAGUCGGACCCUGUCACACGUCAGAAGUUGAAGAUGUAUGUGCAAGCUCGGUUUGAUCAUGUCAAAGUCUUCAUGAAAGUGGAGGGAAGAAAGGCUAACUCUGUCAGGUAUCAUGAGUUGGACAUUGAGAAAAACCUGAGGGAUAACCUGAGCUACAAAACACUGAUUGAAUAUCCUGUGCUGCAUGUUGUACUCAAAGAUCACUGGAAGGACUAUCCACUGAAAGGACCAGGUAAAAAAACAAACACACCCACCCUAAUCUUAGCCCUUUUUCUCAUCUCAUCUAACUUUCUGUUAUUUUCCCCUGCAUGCAUGCUUUUCUGCUGAUUGCCAAACAGCUUUCAGUAACUAAACAACAGGAUGAAUAUCUAAUGAGUUCAAAUACUUUGUAGCCCCCAAACACCAACCUCUCUCCACUCCCCCGAUUCCAGCAGCAUUGUAUCAUGUCCUGGUUUCUCCAGCUGAGGCUUUAAGACUUUGUUCCCUUAUUUUUCACUAUGGCAACAUGCUACCCAAAAGGAAAUGAGCGUGCUCUGUUCAACAUCACUUACACCACCUUAACCUCAACUGCAAUUGUGGCCAGAAAGAGGAUCAAACAUGGCUUAUUGCUGAAGAUUGACCUCAUAAGCUGUGAAGUGAGAAUAGACGAGAAAACAGGAGAUGAGUCCGUGCUUUUUCUCACCCCUGCGUCACUUUCCACUACUGCUGGGUUUUCAGCGUCGAGAAUCAGUCGCGUCAAAACAGGACAGCGUGUCACGAAAAGCACGCUCAUCUGUUUGGUUCCUGUGAGAUGUGUACAGUUCGGCCCAGCUGUGGUUAUCGCAGUACUUUCGGUAUGAUCACAAAAGACCACACAAACACAGUAUCACAGUUGCUGUCAGAGCCAGACUAGCCGAAUGGCGAAUGAGAUCAUUUUUAGUCUGAGUGUGUGCGUGUUUUUAGUGAUAAGGCCUCGGUACCACGCUGUUUUCCUAUAAGGUUAGCUGUAGAAACACACUGAUGAUUACACAUGCCAUGGACUGUGAAGCUAGACGGGAAAUGAUAACAAGCAAUAGGACAGCGUGGCAGCGACUGUAUCUGCUAAAGUAAUGUUGGGGGUCUGGCAGGCUCCAAGCAUGCACCGUGCAGCCAGACAGUUUAAACUGAAUUCUAUAUUUUGUUCUAUAAACAGACCUGAAAUAUGACAGAAACCAUUGGUAAAGAGUUAAAGCCUUAGAAAGUACUGUCUGCAGCCCCAAUGUAGCCAAAAGGUUAAAGUCAGUUAUCUUUGAGUUUCUGUCACGCUGAGCUCACUGGUCACUUCACUGGAAAU